AUGGGCUCAUUUUUCUCGUCUAUGGAAGACGUUCCGAGCCGGCCGGUGGCUCGCGUCGACGCCGAAGACGUCUGCGACCUUGACGUGGGUAAAAAGUCGAGUUUUCCACAACAUUGAGGUCUGUUUUCGCUUCAGAAGCCAACUACCCAACAGCCACCGACACCGACGGCUCCGACACCAGCGACACCUCAUGUGAGAACUAUUCAAGAGAAACACGUAAUGGCAUAGAGAAAAUUAGUGUUAUGAAAUUAUUGUUUUAGAUCCUGUUCUACAGAUAACAACAGAACAUUGACGAUAGGAAGACGACCCAUUACCUUUUUUUUCUGCGUUCGAAACUUUGAAAUUCUAAUAAAAAUUGGGUUGCGAAAAAUCAGAAAAAGACUUAUUUUGGAGACAGGGCAUAGACUUUGAAGCCAGAAAAGCUCAUUUCCUAGAUGACCUUCAAAAUGAAAAACCCUUCUGGAACCCUUUUUCCUAUGUCAGAAGUGUUCCCUUUGAAGUUUCGAACAGCACAGCGACGCUAAUUAAAAACGGAACUUGAAGAAAAAUCAAAUUACAGCCGACUCAAACAGCAGCGAUGAGGACUCGUCGGACUCCUACAAUUCUUCAGACAGCCUCCCUUUGACCGAACUUGAGAAUGAGAUCUACCGUGGAGCCUUUUUGGGUAAAUCACCAUUUAUACCCGAUUUCAAAGCCACAGAAAUUAAGAUAAGAAGGAGGAUCCGUACACAGUGACGCGUCGCGGUCAACUCGGCGCCCGAGAUUUCGACUACGAAAUUACGUGUCGCCGAUGA